CCCAAUUUCAUUUAUUAUAACAUUGUCCAUAAGUAUUGCGAAGUUAAACAAAAAAAUUAUCUACAAGUUUUUCUAAACUGUUUUGUAGUACAUGACGUGUAGUAACUAGUACCUAUCCAAAAUAACUACCUACUUAAAAAUGUUUUUAUCUCUUUUAUCAGAGUUAAGAGUAUAGUACACAGGUAUAGUAGGUAGGUAACUUUGUAUGAAUAAUUGAUGGAUGACCGAUGCACCUCAGACACAGAGUACAUUAAUAUACCUCAGAUGAACAUUGAAAAAGUUGUUGCCUGACGCCUGUGCUUGCUGCAAGCUUUAUUGAUAAAGAUUGAAAAGAUAAAGAAUGAAGUUAGAUUAAUAUAAUCCGACAUUUGGAUAACCUCUAGGAAUAAAAUCGUUUAGGUAAACAUCAAACCUUCAUGAUUAUCAGUAUUUGAAAUGGGCUUCUGUAAGUCUGACUGAAACUUGUAGGCAUAGUUUGAUUCAUUUAUUUAAAGAAAUAAUUACAAAAUGCGAUUUUUUGGUUUAAGUUAUAGUAAGAUAAAAUUUAGGCGAAAUUCUCUUGUUCGCAUUCCAUUCUUUCAAUUUUGUAGUCAUUCUGAGAAUAUAGUUCUUGGGAUAGAAACAUCAUGUGAUGAUACUGGAUGUGCAAUAAUCAACAGUAGUGGCCGAAUACUAGGAGAAACUUUACUUUCUCAAAAUGUGACUCAUCUUAGAUAUGGUGGUGUGAAUCCUCUAAUUGCUAGAGAUUUGCACCGUGACAAUAUAGAAUUGGCAGUAAAAGAGACACUUACCAAAGCCCAGCUUAGUAUGAAAGAUAUUGAUGCAAUAGCAGUGACAGUAAAGCCAGGAUUGCUAUUCAGCCUACAAAUAGGUGUAAAAUUUGCUAUGCACCUGUCCAAGUCUAGUCAAAAACCUAUUAUACCUAUCCACCACAUGGAAGCACAUGCAUUAGCUGCUCGAAUGUGUCACAAUAUAGAUUUCCCAUUUCUGGCAUUAUUAAUAUCAGGUGGACAUUGCUUAUUAACAUUAGUGAGAGGUGUGGAUGAUUUUCUAUUACUUGGUGAAACCUUAGACAAUGCACCUGGUGAAGUAUUAGAUAAAGUGGCAAGGAGAAUGAAAUUAAGAAAUAUACCUGAAUACUCCCAACUGGCCGGUGGUAGAGCUGUAGAAUUAGCUGCUCAAAAAUCUAUGAAUAAAGAUUUAUUUUCUUUCCCACUACCUCUAUAUAAAAUUCGGGACUGUAAUUUUAGUUUCAGUGGAUUGAAAGAUGCUCUUACAAGACACUUAUUGAAUAAAGAAUCUGAGCAUUGCAUUCAAGGUGAUGAAAUUAUACCAGAAAUAAAUGACUUAUGUGCUGGGUUUCAGAUGGCAAUUGCAAGGCAUUUGGUACAUAGAACAGAAAGAGCUGUGCAAUUCUGUGAAAUCCAUAAUUAUCUACCUAAAGCAAAUAAAAGCAUUGUGGUAUCUGGUGGUGUUGCUUGUAAUAAUUUCAUUUUUGAAUGUUUAGAAUCAUUGCGGAGUAUGGGCUGUAAUAUAUUUAGACCACCCCCUAGGUUGUGCACAGAUAAUGGUAUUAUGAUAGCCUGGAAUGGCAUAGAAAAACUAAAAACAGGAUAUACUCCUACCAAUUUUACUCUCAAUGAAAUUGACCCCAUUGCACCUUUAGGUAUUAAUAUUAAGAAUAAUGUUGUAAAUGCUAACAUACAUGUAAAAUCAACAAGAUUAAAAAAUGUUUUGAAAUAUAAGUAGUCUCUAAGUA